AGCGUGCGCGCGCCGGGGGGACGCGGGCGGGCGGCGCCGGCGGGACCGCGCCCGUCGCAAGAUGGCGGCGGCCAUGCUAGGCCCUGGGGCCGUGUGUGCGCAGCGGGCGGCGGCGGCGCAGCCUGGGCGGCAGGCGCGGCGGCGGUGCUAGCCCGGCCCUCGGCCCCUCGUCACGGUCGCUACCUCCGCCUCUCCCCGCCUUGCCGAUAUGGAUCUGCCCGUGGGCCCCGGCGCGGCGGGGCCCAGCAACGUCCCGGCCUUCCUGACCAAGCUGUGGACCCUCGUGAGCGACCCGGACACCGACGCGCUUAUCUGCUGGAGCCCGAGUGGGAACAGCUUUCACGUGUUCGACCAGGGCCAGUUUGCCAAGGAGGUGCUGCCCAAGUACUUCAAGCACAACAACAUGGCCAGCUUCGUGCGGCAGCUCAACAUGUAUGGCUUCCGGAAGGUGGUCCACAUUGAGCAGGGCGGUCUGGUCAAACCAGAGAGGGAUGACACUGAGUUCCAGCACCCGUGCUUCCUGCGCGGCCAGGAGCAGCUCCUUGAGAACAUCAAGAGGAAAGUGACCAGUGUGUCCACCCUGAAGAAUGAUGACAUAAAGAUUCGCCAGGACAGUGUCACCAAGCUGCUGACUGAUGUACAGCUGAUGAAGGGGAAGCAGGAGAGCAUGGACUCCAAACUCCUGGCCAUGAAGCACGAGAACGAGGCCCUGUGGCGGGAGGUGGCCAGCCUGCGGCAGAAGCACGCCCAGCAGCAGAAAGUCGUCAACAAGCUCAUCCAGUUCCUCAUCUCGCUGGUGCAGUCGAACCGGAUCCUGGGGGUGAAGAGAAAGAUCCCUCUGAUGUUGAACGACAGCAGCUCGGCACAUUCCAUGCCCAAGUACGGCAGGCAGUACUCCCUGGAGCACAUCCAUGGCUCAGGCCCCUACUCGGCUCCAUCCCCAGCCUACAGCGGCUCCAGCCUCUACUCCCCAGAUGCUGUUGCAAGCUCCGGACCCAUCAUCUCCGACAUCACUGAGCUGGCUCCCAGCAGCCCCUUGGCCUCCCCAGGCGGGAGCAUAGAUGAGAGACCCCUGUCCAUCAGCCCCCUGGUGCGAGUCAAGGAGGAGCCCCCAAGCCCUUCCCGGAGCCCCCGGGUGGAGGAGGCCAGUCCCGGGCAACCGCCCUCUGUUGUGGAGACCCCCUUGUCCCCAACCACCCUCAUCGACUCUAUCCUGCGGGAGAGCGAGCCUGCCCCUGCCGCCUCGGCCACGCCCCUCACAGAAGUGGGAACCUGCCCCCCCUCGCCCCCACCUGCCUCGGCCCCCGAGAAGUGCCUCAGCGUUGCCUGUCUGGACAAGCCCCUGUCAAUCAGCCCCCUCGACACACAUACGCCACCAUGGUUGCUGCUGUCACCCUCUCCUGCGACAGGCUGCUGGGUCCGUGUGUCUGUCCUGCUGCCCAGCAGAGGCCCUGCCCUAGAGGCUGAGACCGAGCUCAGUGACCACUUGGACGCCAUGGACUCCAACCUGGACAACCUGCAGACCAUGCUUACAAACCACGGCUUCAGCGUGGACACCAGCGCCCUGCUGGAUCUUUUCAGCCCCUCGGUGACUGUGCCCGACAUGAGCCUGCCUGACCUUGACAGCAGCCUGGCCAGCCAGAUCCAGGAGCUCCUCUCUCCCCAGGAACCACCCAGGCCUCUUGAGGCAGAGAGCAACAGCCCCGACUCAGGGAAGCAGCUGGUGCACUACACGGCGCAGCCCCUCUUCCUGGUGGACCCGGGCUCUGUGGACGUGGGCAACAGCGACAUGCCGGUGCUCUUCGAGCUGGGGGAGGGCUCCUACUUCUCCGAGGGGGAUGACUACGCAGACGACCCCACCAUCUCUCUGCUGACGGGCUCUGAGCCCCCAAAAGCCAAGGACCCCACUGUCUCCUAGAAGCCCCAGGAGGAGGGCCGCCCCGAGCCCUCCUCCCACUCCUGGUGCAGGGCUGGUCUUGGGGAGCCUGGCACCUGGGGCCAGCUGGGGGCUGGGUGUGGCCCCAAGUGCCAGGCUAGCUUGGGGCAUCCCCCCUUACUUGGACUGACCAGUAUUGCAGGUGUUCAUAGUCAGAAUUGUAUUUUGGAUUUUUACACGAGAGUCCCUCUUUCCCCUUCCGUAGAGAUAUACAGAUAAAUACACAGACGGACGGACAAGACAGGCAGAGAUCUAUAAAGGACAGGCUCUAUGCUGUG